CUAGGAAGGAUGCGACCUUCAAUGCCAUACAGCAAGCGUGAUGCGACAGCAAAAAACAAUUGAAAGCGUAGUAAGCAAAUGAAAUAUAGAUGAACAUUUUGACAAAUAUUAAAUACAACAAGAAAAGGACGUUUGGAGUUUGAGCUUGUUCAAAGACUAUCUCAGUAUGGCGGUCGCUGGCUCUCCACGGACAUUAUCUCCCAUCGUGGCCACUGUGCAAGAUUGGUAUCGCUCCUUGCCGCUAUGUACCAAGGCUCUCUUCAGCCUCCUAACCGGCAUCUUCGUCCUCCAGCUCGCCACUGGAUACGACACCAACCGGAUCUGCCUGAGUACGGACCUCGUUGUACGACACCAUCAGGUGUACCGCCUGAUUACCGCCCCCUUCUUCCACUUGGGUCCAUGGCACCUGCUGUUCAACAUGAUGACGUUCGUACACAUCGGGAGCAGCCUGGAGCGCAAUGUGGGAUCCGUACAGUUCCUGCACAUCUCGCUGCUGCUGGUGGUGGCGGAGGGGCUCCUCUACCUCGCCCUAGAGCUGGCAGCCAG